AUGGUGGAAGGGGAGCUCGGAAAUCUGAGGCACGGAGCUCGAGCUACAGCUUUGAGGAGAAUAAAAAAGAGGGAAAAAAACAAAACAAACACCACAAAAAAAAAGAGAAAAAUCCCUGUGCUGCUGUUUAACUGCCCCCAAGCCAGCUGUGGGGCAACUUUCAACAGGCAGCGGAAACUGCUGGAGCACGAGACCGUGCACACCGGGGCGCGUCCGUACAAGUGCUCGGUUGAGGCCUGCGGCCGCUGCUUCACGAGGGAAGCCCACCUGCAGCGCCACGCGCGCCUCCACACCGGGGUCAAGCGCUUCAAAUGCGAGUUUUCCGGCUGCAACGAGUCUUUCUUCGACUCGAGCAAACUGAAGAGGCACGUGGGAUACGUUCACGGAGACAUGGACAAGUUCUUCAAGUGUGACCAACCGAACUGCUCGAUGACCUUCAGGAAGCGCAGACUACUCAAACUGCACGUCCUGCAGCAUGGAGAGACUCCCAAGUUCAAGUGUCUAAUUUAUGGAUGCGUUGCCACAUUUGACUCCCAUGUCGCCCGCAAAGCCCAUGCCAAGAAGCAUGCAGGUUACCGAUGUCCUCGCGAGAACUGCCGGGCACUUGAAGCUACGUGGGGGAAGCUUCAGCAGCACAUUGCCAAACACCCGGUCACAUUUGAGUGCCAGGUGUGCAAGAAGCCCUUCAAGAAAAGGAAGGCUCUGCGGCGCCACAAGCGGAUUCACGCCAUCCACAAGCCCGUCCUGGUCUGUCCCAGGGAGGAGUGCCAGGCCUACUUCUCCACCACCUUCAAUCUGCAGCAUCACAUUCGGAAAGUGCACCUCCAACUGCUCAAGUACAAGUGCUCCUUCCCCGACUGCCCACGGACUUUUGCUAUGCGGGAAAGCCUGAUGAGACACUUCCUUCGCCAUGACCCAGGUGCCACCAUGAAGAAACACCACCGUCCCAAGAAAGCCUGGCUGAAGCGUCUGAAUGGCCACGGUCUGCCCAUCCUGGAGGACGACCUGCGCCGCCUCUUCGCUCUCCGGAUGCGCGUGUCCCGACGCGCCAAGGUGGAAGCCAACCUCGCCGGCCUCUUCAACGAGCGGAAAAUCCCGCACUACGUCGACCCCGAGGUCAAUCUGCGCAGCCUGUUCAGCAUCAAACAGCCUCAGCGGCGCGAGGGAGACGCGUCUCCUCAUCAUGUCGGCAGUGACCAGCCACAUCAAUAA